AUGCAUUGGAUUCACUUUGGGUUUGAUUCUCUACACAGCGUCGAUUCCUGCCAGCAACAUUCAUGCACUUGGUUUUCCUCACUGAUGAUCUUUUCACCUACUGUCCAUCUCUGUAUCUGUCCAUCUCUCUGUAUCUGUCCAUCUCUCUGUAUCUGUCCAUCUCUCUGUAUCUGUCCAUCUCUCUGUAUCUGUCCAUCUCUCUGUAUCUGUCCAUCUCUCUGUAUCUGUCCAUCUCUCUGUACCUGUCCAUCUCUCUGUAUCUGUCCAUCCCUCGGUAUCUGUCCAUCUCUCUGUAUCUGUCCAUCCCUCGGUAUCUGUCCAUCUCUCGGUAUCUGUCCAUCUCUCUGUAUCUGUCCAUCUCUCUGUAUCUGUCCAUCUCUCUGUAUCUGUCCAUCUCUCUGUAUCUGUCCAUCUCUCUGUACCUGUCCAUCUCUCUGUACCUGUCCAUCUCUCUGUACCUGUCCAUCUCUCUGUACCUGUCCAUCUCUGUACUUGUCCAUCUCUCUGUAUCUGUCCAUCUCUCUGUAUCUGUCCAUCUCUCUGUAUCUGCCCAUCUCUCUGUAUCUGCCCAUCUCUCUGUAUCUGCCCAUCUCUCUGUAUCUGCCCAUCUCUCGGUAUCUGCCCAUCUCUCGGUAUCUGCCCAUCUCUCGGUAUCUGCCCAUCUCUCGGUAUCUGUCCAUCUCUCGGUAUCUGUCCAUCUCACCCUCUCUCUCUGCCCCUGCCCCCCUCUCUCUGCCCCCUCCCACUCUCUCUCUCUGCCCCUCCCACUCCCCCUCUCUCUGCCCCUCCCACUCCCCCUCUCUCUGCCCCUCCCACUCCCCCUCUCUCUGCCCCCUCCCACUCUCUCUCUCUGCCCCUCUCACCCCCUCUAUCUGCCCCUCACACCCUCUCCCCCUAUUUAUCUCUCUGCCCCACCCACCCCCUCUCUGCCCCACCCCUGACAGUAUCAGAUUAAACAGCAGGUCUGUGUCUGUGGAAACUGAUGAAGUGUUUAGUGAAUAUUGCAGCAGGUUCACUGUAGGCUCCGAUGCAGCAGGUUCACUGUAGGCACCGAUGCAGCAGGUUCACUGUAGGCUCCGAUGCAGCAGGUUCACUGUAGGCUCCGAUGCAGCAGGUUCACUGUAGGCUCCGAUGCAGCAGGUUCACUGUAGGCUCCGAUGCAGCAGGUUCACUGUAGGCUCCGAUGCAGCAGGUUCACUGUAGGCUCCGAUGCAGCACGACGUUCAUCUCACACGCUUGUAUUUGCACAAUGCUUUGUCCUGUUAAUAAUAAUAAUAACAAUAAUAGUGUUGAUGUUAAAGGGGGAUUUUGAGUGCUGUGGCGUCUCUCAUUACUGAAUGAAGUAAGAUUUUUUUUUCCCACUUUAAAUGUAAUUCCUGUUAAAUGCUCUUUUUUUUCUAAAAGGAAAGUUUUGGGUGUGACAUUUGAUGGUCGUUCUGUUUGUUCAAGAUAAAUAUGUUCUUGGGGAAGACAAGUGUUUGAGUUUAAUGCAGAAUGUGUCAGACAGGAAGGAUGUGGACGGUGCAGACGUGGCGCCCCCUGCUGUAGACCCUGUGUAACACAAGAGGAAAUUAAACAGCUUUUGUUAUUGAUCCUGAGAUUAAAGUGGAGAAUCUUUUGAUUGGCUGAAGUCGCUGUCAGUCUCGCAUGAUCUUAACACGAAUCCCUUCUCUUUUUUUCUUUUUUUGUGUGAACAUUGUUGCCUAUUAAAUAUUUGUCAUAAUUUUAUUGUUUCUUUUUUUUUCCUCCUUAAUUUAUAAUUGGAUGUCAGGGAAAAUUAUUCCAAAACACACAAUUUGUAUAAGUGGGUUUCAUGUUCUUUAAACUCAAUAAAUGGAGGUAAAAUAACUUACUGA